UGCUGGUGGGGAAGGAGGAGGCGGUGUAGGGCAUCACAGGCUGUCAGCGUUGCUCUCUGAUCACCGAACUAAUCAGAGAGACAGUUUUUCACCAUUCAUCAACCGGUUUACUGACGAAAUAAAUUGCCAGUGUGUCUCCUGUAACCUUGGUAGAAGUUGUGGAAACAUAAUUGGACGGAUACGUUUGAAAUAUCGCCGCCAACAUGGCUGAUUUUGAUAUCGAUCAGGAGAAGCUGCCCGGAGUAAAAGAGGUGGUUCGAGACUUUGCCGUGCUGGAGGACCACUGCCUGGCUCACAACCUGCAGGAACAGGAGAUCGAGAGCCACCUGGCGUCCAAUAUAAAUCGUAGUCGCCUGGUGCAGCAGGAUCUGGCGGUGGCCAAGAAGCUUCAGGAGGAGGAGGACCAUCACGCCAAGAAGAAGGCUCAGAAGCAACACCAGGAGCUUGAGCAGAUUGACAGUGAGAUCGCUCAGGAGAUCCAGGAGCAGCUGGUAUGGCAGGCAGAACUCCAGCGGAAACAGGAGGAGAAGGACGAGUUGAUAGCCCGUAAGCUGCAUGAGCGAGAGAUGAAGGAGGAGAAGAAGAGGAAGAAACAGCUGGAGGCGGCCAAACUGGAGGAGGAGAGUAGAGAGUACUACGAUGAGAAAGCUCGGCGCGUGCCGUCUGAUUCGGGCUACCCCUCCCCCGAGCGUAGCGGCGCUAAAGUGCCCGCCGCCGGCCGCGGGAGGUACCCUGACUAUGACCCGCCCCUGAUCCAUGGCGACCAGAGGCGCGGUCGCCAUGCCGACUACUGCGAGGGAGAGGAAGGGGGUCCGGCGGUCAGGAGGAAAGACAGACCCACCCGGCCACCCCCACCCAGCUACGACUCUCACAGGGACAGAAAUGCGAACAGGGACAGAGACCGGGACGAGGACAGGAGGAGGGAGAGGGAGAGGGACCGGUACAGGGAGAGGGACAGAGACGGUGAGGCCACCAGGCCGAGGCAAAGAGCUUGGAGCCGCGAUGGGCUGGAAGGGGAGAGGGAGGGGGAGAGGAGGAGAGAAAGAGACAGACACAGAGGAGGUGGGGAGGAGAGGAGCAGGCAGCGGGCCUGGAGUCAGGACCGAUUGGACGAGUGGGAGAGCGGCAGAGGCCGAGAUAGAGACAGACUUCGAGAUGGAGAUCUACACGCAACAGAGAGAGAAGCAGACAGACACGUCCACCGGGGACCAGACGCGUCCAGAGAGAGAGACGGACACAGAGACGCAGACCGAGGCCGCCACCACAGUAGAGACCAGUACGAGAGCAAAGAGGGCUACCGGGAACAAGAAAGGGAUAGAGAGAGGGAGCGAGAGAAGAGGCUUCAUAACGGCCGCACGAGGAGCAGAGAGAGAGAGCUGGAGAGCCGCCUGCGCUCCUGGUCGGGGGAGGAGGACUCCAGGUUCCGGCUGCGCCUCCCCUCGGGGGCUGGGGGAGAGGAGGUGUUUGAGGAGGCCAACAUGCCCCGCUCCCCUCGCUCUCCUCGCUCCCCUCGAGGGGGGGUGGACAGGAGGGGGGCUCUGGACCUGGAUGAUGAUGUCCGGGGGGGGUUGUCUCCGAAGGAGCCACACCCCCCCACGGGCAGCACCUCUCUGGACAGAGGUCGUGGGGGUCGUGGGGAGUUUGGUGUGCCGGAGGUGCAGCAGGGUAUGAGUCGUUUGGCCCUGAGAGAGCAAGAACUGGCCCUGAGAGAGCAGGAGCUGCAGGAGCUCCGAGACCUGGAGGUGGCCAAGAGGAUACAAGAAGAGGAGCUCAAGGCCAGUAACAUGGGAAGGAAGGCAGCGCAGGCAGCACAAGUAGCCCAGGAUGAGGAGAUAGCGCGAAUGCUGAUGGAGGAGGAGAAGAAGGUCUUUAAGAAAGCGCGGGAUCGAGAGCGAGAAAAGCAGCCGGUGGUGGACCGCAGGAAACCUGAAGGAGACUACAUGGAGCGCCGGAAACCAGAUGGGGAUUACAGGCCAUCGCAAGAGGAAGUGGUACGGCCGCGAUCGCGGGAGGAAUAUGAACAGCAGAGGGCUCGCAACCACAAGCAGCCAUCCAGGCCACCCCCUCCCCGCUCAGCCGACUACGUGAAUGUGGAGUCCAACUACGGCUACCCGGCGCCCCACUACCCCCCGCGACCAGAAGCACACUACCCCCCGCGAGCAGCUGCCCGCCCCGACCCGUACAAAGGUGGCUACUAUAAGCAGUGACGUCGGCCCCUGAUGCUGCUGCUGCUGCUCCUCGUGCCCAAGCUACUUCCUGCUCCUCUUCCUCUUUUCAAUUUUAAUUUAUUUUUCCGUCGCGUCGUCACGGUACCCAAAUCAGCCGUGAUGGCCGUCACCCUGGACUUGCGACUCACCUGUCAAUCGAUCCGUCGACCAAUCGAAUCAAAUCAGCCAAUCAGUCAUCAGUCUUGACGUGUUCAGCUGGCGCCUGUCGGUCUGGAUACCAGACUCCCCUGCUGGACUUUGGGUGUCUCCCCGACGCAUUCAUCAUUUUUACUUUUUUAUGAUAUAGAUAUAUUAUAUAUUACUUUUAUUAUUAUUAUUAUUCAAGUGGCUCGACACCACAAGAAGAAUGAAUGAAUGAGAGAUGUUGCUUCUACUGUGUAAUGGUGAGAGUCCUGUCUGGCUAUCUGGUGGGGAUGGGGAUGAGCUGGAGUGGACUGUGGAUGUCGUUCUCUGCCUGACUGCCUGCAGUGGUGAUGGGGGGGCCUGGGAUGGUCUGUGGGAUGUCGACCCCUUUUUUUCUAUGGACGUCUUGCUGUUGCUCCAUCGCUUUCUCUUACACUCAUACUCACAAGAACAUGGAGCGCCGUGUGCGUGUCUCUCUUUGUAUCUCUGUGUUUAUACAUGUGUGUUUGUACGUACGUGUGUGUGUAUGUGCGCGCGUGUGUGUGGAAUUUGUCUACUCUUGGCGACAUGUUAUGUGUUAGUCGCAGUAGUGGCUUGAAGUUGGAAAGGUAAUGAUCACUGGAUGGAGCUGGACGUUUCUUGAACACAGCAAAAGGAAAGAGAAGAUGAGGAAGAAAAUGACGAGUGUUGUGAUGAAGAUGAGAAUUGGGACUGUUGCCAUGAGGAUGAGAGGUGUUGUCAUGACGAUGAUGAUGAAGAUGAGGAGUGUUGUCAUUCACUGUAUAUUACUGGAGCUGCGAGGAGGAAGACAUGAUUCUCACUGGACACCUAGAUCAGGACUUUGCAGCUCUGCUGGUGGUGGUGUCAGUUUGUCUGUAUCUAUUUAUCUAUCUCUCUCUCUCUCUCUCUCUCUCUCUCUCUCUCUCUCUGGGAUGUUCUGCUUGCCUAGCUACUGUGUUGCUUUCCUGUAUGCAUGACUAAAGGAUAAACUCCACCUUGGAGAGCUCCAGACACGUCAAUUGGAAAGGUAGCCAUCUCUUGUUCUUGGUUUCUUUUGUUUUAUAUUUUUAUUUACUUUGUUUUCUCAUCUGCCCGUGACACAUGACACUGUAUAGCUGAAGCUCCAAUAGGAUGGCCCUUUCACUCACGACUACUGUAUGUUUCCAUCUAGUUUUUGUACCUCCAUUACGACUUUGUUCCCAUCAGGCAUUUGUACCUCCAUUCUGUUUUUGAGCUCUUGUUGAACAAGCCAACGACAUUUUUGCAAUAUUUGCAUGGACAGUAAACAGAAAAAAACAAACUGCAGCUAUUCCUUUAAAUACUUCUGAUUUUUAAAUUGAUUUUUAUUUUGAUUUUAUUGAUUUUUUUCCCCAGUUUAUUUUUUAUAUCGUUUGAUUAAACUGAAGAACAACCAUUUUCAUGUGCACAAUAUGAAGGCGCUACCUGUUUCAAGCUAACUAAAGAAAACAAUAUAAGAUAAAGAACUAUUUUACGAGCAAAUUGUUGCCCAGUCUGGAAAAGGGAAAAAGGACCAUCAUCCGCAGUGCAGGAGUGUGUUGCUUGUGUUUCAGUACAUAUGCAUUCUCUGCUCAAUCCAUCUAUGCCUUUUGCCACAAUCUGUUAACAAUCAUACAUGCCUUCGGUAUAAUUGUGCUAAUCUGUUGCCAUUUAUGCCUUUUGGGCUGUACUGUAAGUGUGUGUUGGUCAUCUGUAUGCCUGUUGGCUGUAUGUGUACUGCAUGUGUGGUUUGGUCAGCUACUGUGUGUGUUGGUCAUCUUUGCCUUCUUGGUGCGUGCUGCUCCACACAUGCUGUGUAAUGAUGGCCGUACUGUGUGCUUACCCAGAUGACCAAUUACAGUACUCUGCAUAUCAUGAACACCUACAGUACAAUACAGUAGUCUGCAUAUCAACCAUACUCUGUGGUCUGGGUGUCUUUCCCUCCCCACACUCUUCAUUUACAUCACUGGCCCAGAGAGGUCAAAGGACUGGAGUCCCUGUCCAGAGAUUCUUUAAGUAUAGAGAUAUGCCAACAUAAUAGGUUUCUAUGGGCACCUAACGCGACCAGGUUCCAUUCUGCCUAAAGGGCCGUGUCAUAAUGCUCCUACAAUGAAUAGAACAGUCCUUAGGUCUGCCUAAGGGGGGCCAUAUUAGAACCAGGAAACAAUGGGCCAAUGGAACCUCUCUCUCUCUACUCUCUCUGCCCUGUCUCUCAGGACUGGACUUCAUGUCCCUCAGGACUGGACUUCAUGUCCCUCAGUACUGUGCCAAAGAAUCUAGUAGAGUAAGAUACCUCUAACCCCGCCUCCCCGAUGCAAAGGAGUGUGUUCACGUUAGGUCUCCUAACCAAGGGGGCGUUAUCCCCUCCUUCUUCUUCUCUUUCUGGGGCGUUUGGUGGCUGCUUGCUUAAGAUGUGCGCUACCGCCAGAGAUUCUAAGAGUAUAAUAAUCUUAUCUAGUCUCUCUGCUACUGCCGUCUACAGUGCUAAGGAAACCCCAUUUAUAUUCAAACUAAUGUCUCCUAUGGUCUCCUAGUCGAAGGUCUCCUAAAGGGGCAUUCGCCUGUCAUGGCAUGGAUCUAGGAAAAGUAUGGGCUUGAUGUAUCUUACUCAACUAGACGAUUCUUUGACUGGACUUCCUGUCCCAGUGUCAUACACAGUGCACCGUGGGGAGCCAGAGCCACUAUGGGUGCAUGUCAAUCGAGUUUCUCCCAUCCCUUCCUCUGGCCUCUUGCCUGUGUGUAGGCCAUGUGCGUUGCGUCUCAAAUCUGGGGCCAUAAUAUGCCAGUAAAUUGUAAACAUCAUCAGUCCCCUCCAGUCCAUCUAGUGAUGGGCUGUUUGCAGUCUGUUUCCAGUGGUCUGGUGAUGUGGUGCAUUUUGCUGUCUCUGGUGGUUUUAUGUACCGUACUGGUGAUGCCAGUGGCUGGUUCCCUUCUCUCUGCUGUAGCUCGAACUGCAUUGGAUGUGCCGUGCGUGCGUGCGUGCGUGCCUGUGUGUGUAUUUUAUAAGGUGUCUACAUACACAUGCUGCAUAUACACAAAGUACAUACAUUCCUCCUUUUGUUUUGCAUAUACACACUCUUGUACUGUAUCCACUUAUUCUUCCACUCUAUAGACAUACACAUCCAUCUUUACAUAUACAUAUUUGCAUAUGCGUUCAUUUACGUAUACAUAUCCACAUCCAUCCAUGCAUAUCCAAAUACACCUACAUUCAUCCAUCCAUGCAUAUCCACAUACAUCCAUCCAUCCUUAUGGCUCCAUCCACCUACACAUCUAUCCAUCCAUACAUAUACAUAUCCAUCCAUACACAUCCAUCCAUACAGUAUGCAUAUAUACACAUUCCUCUCUUGUUCUGGACAUGAAAUUGGCACUAUGGGAUUCGUGCCAAACUCGCUCACCUUUUUCAGGGAUCUAUAAUUGUGAUGACUGCUUGUCGACUUGUGACAGUAUGGUUGCAUUACAUUGCUUUGCAUUGCAUUACAUUAUGCAAUGAUGUUAUGCAAGAUAAUAUAAUGUAAUGACAGUAUGGUGUUUAUUUUCAUAUCCCCCGUUUGUACUUUUUGUUCAUAGUUUCCUUUUUAAUCAGCACUGUUAUCGGAUUAUCUUUUGUGCAUCAUGAUGAUAUUGUUUACAAUAUUGUACCUGUGUAAUUCCAUGUUUUUUGUACAUGACUAAUUAAAUGGCCGUCUUAUUCCAUCCUCA